GAAGGGCGCCCGCGCCACCGGAAACUGUCGCAGUUUUCGGCGCCAAGAACGCGGGGCGGUGGCGAGAGAGUUCAGGAGCCGCCAUGGAGUCGCUAGACCCGGAGAUCAUCGCUGCCUUGGCUCCAGACUCGUUCCUGGAAAAAUUCGAAGGCCCGUGUUAUAGUGGCCGCUUCCACGAGGGCCAGUGGGAAGAGGAAUUUGAAAAGAUCCCCCUAUUUAUGAAGAAAGCACCAUCAGAAAUUGAUCCUCUGAAGAAUCCUGAGUUGGCUUGCCUCCAGUCAAUUAUUUUCGAUGAUGAGCGCUCUCCAGAAGAACAGGCCAAGACCUAUAAAAAUGAGGGCAAUGAUUACUUUAAAGAAAAAGACUAUAAAAAAGCUGUGACUUCAUAUACUGAAGGCUUAAAGAAGAAGUGUGCAGACCCUAAUUUGAAUGCUGUGCUUCAUACCAACCGGGCAGCAGCACAGUACUACAUGGGCAAUUUUCGUUCGGCGCUCGGUGAUGCCAUGGCUGCCAGGAAGCAAAAACCCUGCCACCUCAAAGCCAUAGUGAGAGGUGCCUUAUGCCAUCUGGAACUGAAAAACUAUGCUGAGGCUGUGAACUGGUGUGAUGACGGGCUGCAGAUAGAUGCCAGAGAGAAGACGCUUCUGGAAGUGAGGGCUAAAGCAGACAAGCUAAAGCGAAUUGAACAGAGAGAUAUGAGGAAAGCAAAGCUGAAAGAAAAGAAGGAGCAGAACACAAAUAAAGUUUUACUCCAGACCAUCAAGGCCAGGAACGUCAAGAUAGUCUCUGAAGCUGCCGCCGAGGAGGACGAGGAGGAAGAUUCCGCCUCAGCUGGUCUUUGUAAACUCCUGAACGGGCUCAGCUUUCAGAACUCCUACGGAGCCAGGCCGAGUGUGGACGACCAGGGCAGACUGAGCUGGCCUGUGCUCUUUCUGUACCCGGAGUACGCCCAGUCGGACUUCAUCUCUGCUUUUCACGAGGACUCCAGGUUUAUUGAUCAUCUAGUGGAGAUGUUUGAUGAACUGCCCCCUUGGGACUUAGAGCAGAAAUACUAUGCUGGCAACUUAGAGGUCUACUUUGAGGAUGAAGAGAGGGAAGAGCUGUACCAGGUGCCUCCCAAGACUACCCUUCGGCAGGUGCUGCAGCACCCCCGGUGCUUUGUGAAAGACCUGACACCAUCCUUUUUGAUCUGUGCGGAAUCCUCUCUCUUCUCUAAACGUUAUUUCCGGGCGAGAAACGUGCAGUAGGUAGAGGGAUGGAGCCAGGCUGCGGACACGUUCCCCCUGGACCUCCUCCCUGACCCUCCUGUUCCUGGAGUGUAGCCUUCCUGAAUCAGCAGGAUGUGCCCCUAGAAUCCAGCACUUUUUUUUUCAUCCCAGCAAUAGCCCUUCCUCAAAUCAUAGUUAGGGAGGAGCUGCUGACUUCCCCGAACAGCAGCUUCUCUGGUCCAAGUGCUGAGCCUCAGCUGGUCCUCACUCCUCUGUUGACACAAAACUCUGUGCCUUGGUCAUGACGUCCUUGGACUCACUGUGAGCUGCGUUAACUAGCCUCCAUCUCUGAAGGGACCAUCUGUGAGUUACCACGGCAACUCACCCAAGGAACUCCCUGGACUGAGUCAGGAUCCAGUGACCUAAGUUCACAUUCUGAACCUUUGUCGGGUAGAGGCUUUAGAGAAGCUACCCUUCAAACUGCAUGUGCACACAAACCACGCAUGUAAUUUUAAGGCAUUAGAAUGCUGGGACUAUGGCCUCCAGUUAUUUCCUGAGCAGGGAGGUUGUUCUGUGGAAAUAACGUAGAUGCCUCAGGGUGAGAUGGGGCCAGGAACAGCGGGUCCUGUUCCUGUAUCUGUACUCACCUACAAUCUGGAACCCCUGAAAGGUUUGCCAGUUUUCCCAGUCUUUGCAACGUGGAGGGCAGUGAUGCACUUGGACACUGGACCGCAUUCUUCCCUGGUUUUCACACUUCAGGGUUUUGUGCCUUUUAUGCUGGAAAAUCUUUUUGCAUGUUGAAUCAUUGUUAUAGGUUGUACCUAGAGGGUUUUAUAUGUGCUUAGCUGUAGCCAUGUGACUUCCUGCCGUGUCCACCCCAUCCCCUGGGGAGCAGUGCACUCGCCUGCAGAGCCAUGGUGUGGAAUGUUCAUGUUCUUUCCUCUCUGCCAUGAGAACACACCUCCCAGACUGGGGCUGCUCCUUCAGCCUGGGUGCCAGCGUGCGAAGACAUGCGAAACAGAGCUACAGCAGCCACCCUUCAGCCACUGAUUGUAACUUGAGUGAGAAAUAAAUGUUUGUUGUUGUAAUAGCA